AUGAAUAAUAUCCAAAAAUUAUUAUAUUCUUCAAAUUUAACUUUAUAACCCUAAAUUAAAAAAUACUAUAUAAAAUCAACUGGAACAAACUGCAAAACAAUAUCUUAUCCUUAAAACACUAACUUUUAAAUUGGAACUGACACUCCAAAAGAUCGAGGAGGUACGAAUCAAUAUCCAUAACCUAUAGAAUUACUUUUAUCAUCUUUUAUAGGCUGUGAAUAAGCUACUGCCUAAUAUGUAGCCAAACAAUUAUAAGUAAAAAUUGAUAAAAUUGAUUUCAAUAUAGAAGCUGAAAGGGAUGAAAAUGGUGCUAAAUACCUUCCAAUAGAAGAAGAUGCUCCAGUAUUUUCCCGUUUAUAGCAAAUAUAAGGCGAAGCAAUUGUACAUGGCGAUAUAGAUGAAGAAACAAUAAUUAAAAUAGGCAAAAUAGUUGAAAAAAGAUGUCCUAUAGCUAAUAUGAUAAUUUAAUCUGGAUGUAUAUUAAAUGUGUAAUGGAAGAAAAAUAAAUGA